GCCGACGACGCUGUGAUCGCUUCUCCUGUGCUUUGAUACUUCUCCUUCAUGUCUCGUCGAUCACGUAACCAUGUGACCGUCGCUCUCUUCGAUAUUCAUUCGACCAUGGAUGAUCCAUAAUAAUCGAGCGUAACAUCUCUUUGCUAUAUGGUACAUUUGAAUGGCUUACAAAAUCUAAAGUUUAGUAGCUUAGGAGAAAUGCAAUUUUCAAAAUAAAAUAGUUGUUCGCAAAAGAGUUUGAAAAACUUUCGAGUCAAACACGUUGUGGAAACGUUACAUCGAACGAUGAUUUUGUGCGUAGAAAAAAUAUCGAUGAUGUUUGUCGUCGUUUGCGAAAAAGAUCAACAGAACUUUUCCACGCUUGCUCUCACGUGUAUAACGUGAAACGGAAAUAAGAAACGGAGUAAAAGUGGUACGUUUUGCGCGUAUGAUUACGUCGGUGCGUGAUGUUAUUAUGUGAGACAAUGCGGUGGGGUGAUGGAUCGUGUGAUCUGUUGCGAUGCAAAUUUUUCGUUCUUUUGGUUCUCGUUGGCUGCAGCGAUGGAUACUUGAACAUUUUUAUCAGCCAGACUCAGGUUAUGAAACUGUUGGGGCUCGAAGCUGAGUUAUACUACGUCAGGGAAGGAGUGGUUAAUACGUAUGCGAUGAAUUUCGUUGUGCCUGUGCCUGCAUACAUCGCGGAUCUCGAAUUCUCUUGGCAGAGUCUUGCCGGACAUCCAUUACCGUACUCGAUGGAAUUGGAUUACGACGUAGUCGGUGUUCCGGGCGGUGUUUCCGGAAUGAUGGCACUGCUUCCUCCCAGAGUGAACGUGUCGGCUAGGGGAGAGGUGCCAGUCACACUGCAAGUCUUUAGGAUCAGGCUACCGUGCUCGGGUCUCGUGAGUGCGCAAAUUCCUUUGGCUUUGAGGUUGAACGUCACAGCCCCACCUGGUACCAAAUACAACGAUACCAUUUUAGUAUUCAAGAGAAACAAGAUUUGUUUGAAAGGUGUACAAACACCUCCCAGAAACGAUUCGGUACGUUUGGAACCAGGACCUUUGGUGAAUGGUGCUGGAGCUCUUUAUAUCGCCGCAACUUGUGCGUGCGCUUUGAUAUUAGUCGUUGGAAGCGUAGCAAGCGCCGUGUACAUUCGCAACAGCAAGGCUCGCAUUCAAGAAUCCCAGAAAACACUGCCCUGCUGUAGCAAUUCGGCGGCAGACACCGGCGGCUUAGCCAGAAGUUCUGUCCUGGUUAGGGUCGACCCACGACCCGGAAGCGCGAAUUCCGGAAGUUACGCAACCAUUGCCGACCUAGAGCCACUCUAUGCGAGACCUUGCGGUUCCAGAGCGAGUUACUACGCUUCCAGCCAUGUGACGCAUCUGAGCCAGUCGACCGAUCCUUGCGAGAAGGCUAGGGCACUCGCGGUAUCGAGGUCUGCGCUCUACUGUCGCAAUCUCGUACAGGAGGGCACCUUCGGACGCGUCUACAAAGGUACCUUGGAAUUGGUCGGCCGUGAACAAGAAGUCAUCAUAAAGACAGUCACAGAAGUGGCAUCGGCUUAUCAAGCCUCUUUGUUGGUGGUCGAGGGCUCGCAGCUGGCAGGAUUAGCGCACGCAAACAUAGCUUCGCUCGCCGCCGCCUGCCUGGAUAGUUCUUGCCCGUUAUUGGCGUACACGAGUUCGCCAGGCGAGUUGAAUUUGAAGUUGUACCUUACCGACGGAAACCAUCAUCCUGGGACCAGGGACUUGGUGCACGUUGGCGCGCAGGUUGCUAGAGCAGGGGCAUUCUUGCACGGUCGAGGGCUCUUGCACAGGGAUAUCGCUGCCAGAAACUGUUUGAUCGAGCCAAGCAGUCUUCGCGUGCGAUUAGCUGAUACGGCUUUGGCGCGAGAUCUCUUCCCUCAGGAUUACCAUUGUCUCGGUGAUAACGAGAACAGACCCAUUCGUUGGAUGGCCUUGGAGACUCUCCAGCACAAUCAGUAUAGCACGGCGACGGACGUGUGGUCGUUCGGAGUGUUCCUGUGGGAAUUGGCGACGAUGGGCCAGCAACCGUACGUCGAGGUGGAUCCUUUCGAAAUGAUGGCGUGUCUUCGAGAUGGUUAUCGACUGGCCCAGCCGAGGCCAUGCCCGGACGAAUUUUUCGCCGUAAUGGCCGUCUGUUGGUUAGGCCUUUCGAGAGACCGGCCGACCAUGCCUCAACUUCUCGCCUAUCUACAAGACUUUCACGAUGCCCUGGGCGGCUUCGUUUAAAAUAUUUAUACGCGAACGUCUCACGAUGUUCCUUGAAACAGCAAAGCAUUCUGGAAUGAUAUGUUCGAAUCACGUCGCGGAACCUUUCCGUCAACGUCCCUCGCGAGAGUUCUGAACGCAAGAAAGAGGAUUCAACGUGAGCGGGAAUCAAAACGAAGACUCAUCGAGAGAGAGACUCACGAUAAAGAUAGCUCGGCGAUGAAUGACGAAUUUUUUGAAAGUAACCAACACCGCCCAGAAGGGCGUGGUUUUUCAUUAAAAAAAGGAAAGAAAAAAAGACGAGACUCGAAAGUGGAGAUGCAAUCGUAUGGAAUUGAAAAUCACUGCCCAUUUGCAAUCGUACAGAAUUGAAAAUCACUGGCCAUAUUAUUGAUUGUCAGCAACGGUACUCGACAUUCCCUCUGGCGCGUAUCGGCGGGCCACAUUGUUUUCGAAAUUCCGUUUGGAGAGCAGCCGGAGAAUCGAAACAGGUGACCGAAAAUGGUUGACCAAGACUGGGAUGCGAUUCCGCGGAUUAAAACGAUUCGAUUACGGAGAAAGAAGCAAAGUGCGGCCCGAUCGGUGAUGAAAAGAUCGAUGCGGAUAUAUCCGUCCAUAGCAGUUAAAAGAAGGAGCUCGAAGCGCGCAACAUUUUUUUAUAACGCGACAGAAAACGCGGCGCCUGUGAACUCGCGAUCACCGCUAUCCGUUGUGCGCGUUACAUCAUCGGUUCGCAGGCGCGCUUUCGCAACGUUCUCCUUGGUUCCUUUCUUUUCCAAAUUUUACAAUGUCGCUACAUUUCCAUGAUCUCGGAGCACGUUAUGAAAAUAUCACAACCAUUUUCACUUGCCCAACUUGGGAGAAAAUGUUCCGUGAAACUUAAACGGUCUCGUCGAAUCGAGCGCUGAGCCAAAAAUCUCUAUAAUCAAAAUUGUAUUCGAUCAAAAUGUGCGAAACUGCUACCUCGCGAGGUCGAAACUAACCGAAUGACUAUUUUCUUAGACAUUUUCAAACGCUUUUAUUCGCGUCAAUAUUUGACUGUUCAGCUACUCGUGCAAAAUUCUUCUAGCAAAUUUCAAAGCAAAGAGUACAAAGUCUUGCGUUCUUCUCAAGUGUCUUUUCGCAAGUACAUUCGCGAUAUCGACUAUGGUAUAAUAUUACGAUAUUGGAUUACACAAAAAUAUACUCUUCAUACGGAAUAAUAAAAACAGCUCUAGAGUUUUGGCAACCUAUAAAUGAAGUUAUCUGCGCAUGUAUAGCUACCUGUGCGGUAUCGUUAACCUGAAAAAUAUUUGCUUGCAACGAUUUUAUAAAUAAUGCAUCGAGCUGGAAAAGGGGAAAGUUUGCAGCAAGAGGGGAGACAGAACACAGGCAAGAAUACAGUAUAUCGCCUCUUGCUAACGCAUUUUCCGGGAAAUUAUUCCGAUUAUUAAAACUUUCGCAAACGUGCGAACAUUUACAAAUAAUUUCACUCAGAUUCCUAAACACAACCUCGUAAACAUAAUUUCCCUCGUACCAAGUACGUAAUACGAAUAAUUUAGUAAAAAUUGAAAUAAACUCAGUAUCACGAAUGUAUUUUCUGAAAAGCUUGAUGAUGAUGCGACAAUCCAAGCACAAAUAUGCGAAUGUGUCGUAUUGCGUAAAAAAAGAUCGAGGCCUAUCACGCGGAGAGUUAUAAAACUAACGUUACAUGCAUUUUCGUAUGUAAUUUGUGAUUGUUUAUAUUAUCCGUUUAGACACGAAACAGUAUCGAGAUGAUUCUAUUUGGACAAGGACGUUUAACGUUCCAUGAACCUAAUAAGAGGCUCGAGAGGUUUGCGAUGCGUUUGUUGCGAAGUUUCGGCAUUAUCUUUGGUUGCAGUCAUCUUUGUAGAGAAAUUUAUCAGAAAGAUCGUCAGUGCGAAUUUAUUAACAAUUACUCUACUGUUAUACUAUUCUAUUCUAUUCUAUUCUAUUCUAUUCUAUUCUAUUCGAUUCUAUUCUAUUAUCGGUUGCAACAUCGAUCCUUGACGAAUGAAAAGAAGCGACUUACCAUCUACAGCGGGGCAUAUUUAAAAAAUACUGAAAGCUCGUUGUAUUUAUAUAUUUCAAACAAAAAUCAAUCUCGUGCGUUUUCUUUGUCCUAUUAGAAUGUUUUUUAAUCGCUACUUAAUUCUAUAAAACAAUAUUUGUCCGAAUAGCAUGGUAUCGCUACUAUUCCCUGUCUCGAUGGAUAAGGCAAAACAAUUUGGGAACAUGGAACCGUUGAUUUCGAUGAAUCCUCUCGAUUCCUUUGAAGAAGCGCUUGCGUCGUCCGAGUGCGCGGGAUCGCGAUUAUAUUCGUUAAGUAUCGCGAUUGCGAAACUUUCAUAUAAUCGUAACCGGAACGACGGAGGGAGCAAAAGCAAAGCUCGGGACGCGUAGGAAUCUAAUUGUCGUGUCUGACCUUCGAUAGGCAUAUACUGUUACGUAAAUGGGCGGUCGAACUAUACGUACUUGUAGUUAUGUACCUAUUAGCCACACCGCGCAAGUCACUUCAAAUAUCCACGUCUCGCGUCGGAUUGCACAAAUUAUGCAGCAUGUCAAACAAGUCGCAAUGUCGUGGUUUUCGCUGAGCAUUUAACUGUUUGCGGUCCGGCUUAUUCUUCCCGCCAUUCGUCCAGUCUGUUCUAUUAUAUUAAUCGAAGCGGACACUUGUCACCGUUUUGUCUCCGCGAUACUUUUCUCUAGUUUUAUCAUUUGACACGUGUGUGCUCCAACCUCGUGACAAGUGUACCGUAAAUCUCGUGGUGAAAACAUCUUGGCGUUUAACAAACGGCAAGUUACGUUCGAAGACUCGUGUUUUACUAGCCGAUUAAAUUUCCAGCCGAUCGAUGAAUCGAUAGGCGAUGCGCUGGUAAAUCCGAAUGGGAAAUCGCAAAGGAUUAUUUGAAACUAGCGUUUAAUACGUUCAUCGUGUAAUUACGAAUCGUUUAUUGAACGAAACGCGCUCUGCGUGCAUCGAUCACUGUCAAGUCCUAUUCUUCAAGCGUAAGAUAUUUCGACGGAAAUUGGUAGGAUAUUUUUAUUCGAAAAGAUAUACGUAUACGUCUUUAGGUACUAAAGAUACCAAACACACAUAUAUUUAAGGAUAAAAAGCUAUUUUCUAGUCUUUUCUAGUCUAAUUGUUUAAUAAUAUGUCGACCUUAGUCACGAGCUUAUCGAAAGAGGCAUUUUAUUCCGAAAAUAUAUGUCGUUCGACGUCGCUUCGAUAAUCUAGCAUCGUCGAUUCAAUGUUGAAAAUCAACGAUCCACUUUUGUGCUUUACGUGUCUAGUCAUAAAGUAAUUUACAUACAGGAUAACAUUUAAUUUAUAAGUCGAUGGACAAGAGCGAGAAGAGAUAUAUUUAAUUCGCUGCGUAGGAAAGAGGAAAGUUGUUGUUGGGUUUCUUUAAAACCAUCGAAGCGACAGCGAUAAUUGCGGCGGAAAAUUCAUAAUAAGACGCGAGAUGACGUAACACACACGUUUAAAUGUACUCGAUGUGUAAAUGUCGCAUGUUCCUGACUACGACCAUUAACUUUAUCGCACUCUCUCUUUCUCGUCCCUUUCUCCCAGCCCCGUUUUUCGACUAUACCUCUUCGACGCAUUAUAAAAAGCUGAAUCUACCAUCUCUCUUCGUAACUAUUGCCUACGAGCAUUUCACUACUACUAAUUAAUAUUACUAUUUAAAGUAACUAUUGCUCGCUACUAUUUAUUACGACGUCCUAAAGUCGAUUUAUUUUACGAAAUCGUCGUCACUAUGAUGUAUCCGGUAAUCGUAACUUCCUCGAUGUCUUAUUUUAUCAAUGGAGGAACAGGGUAGACUAGCGCUGCACACUUUUUCGCUAUCUCUGUACAAUGAAAAGAAAGCCUCGUGUCUCCACGUGAACGUUGUCCACCCUCUCUUUCUCUAAUUUCCACGAGGGUUCCCGAAGAGGAAAUCGGCGGAGCAGAAGGUCGAAACGCCCUCCUUUCGAUUCCGCCUCCCCCUGAACGCAACCAAAGACCUCAAUCAUGAGACAGUUCCAGUUACUGUAAAUAUCUCUAGCGAAUAAUAGUGGUGCGCCGAGUGAGUUGAUUUGUGCAGAUUCUAUUAUUUCCUACGACGAUUUACGGCAUUAUUUUUCAACGGAAAGUGAAAUAUACGUGUUAAAAAAAAAAAAAAAAAAAAA